AUGAAAGCAGUCCGUAAUAAUAGAGGUCUUUAUUUUGUUUGUACUUUUAUAUUUAUAUAUAUAAAUUCUAUAGCAUUUGAUAUUCAAUCAAAGGACGCUUCAUCUUCAGGAGAAUUUCAAGAAUCUGAUGAAUAUGAAAUCAACGAUAAUGAAUGUGUAGCUAGUGUUUCUUCUCAAAAUCUAGAAUCCAAUCGGUUUCAUCUGUCGGAAUCAUCUGAUGGAAAUAUAUUUUUAGGGUCUAAAGUGUGCCUUGAUGGAGUAGACCCUGAUAUUACAACAAGCGAUAAUUCUGAUUUUUGCCUCCCUAAAAAAUCGGAAUUUAAUAUUAGAAAGAAUAAAUUGAGAUCUAAUAUUAAUGUUGAAACUCAAACUGUUGUAGGUGAUAAUGCUGAAACAUUGAAUCCCAAAGAAGAUAAAAAUACACAGACAUGUACUGGACACAUUAAAGAUUUGAAUUUGGCAAUCCUUAAGGAGCCAUUUGAAUUUGAUUCUUCUGAUGAAUUUAGGGAAGAUGGUUUGUUGUGUGAGCAGGAUGAUGAAUAUGAUCAUUGCCCUAAUAAUAUUUGGAAUGCGAGCUUCAAUAAAAUUGCCGAUUAUAUGUAUAAAUUAAAUGCUUGUGAAACAAUAAGUUUAAAUGAACCUAAUGGUGAAAUAUUUUUGACUGAUUUUGAAAAAUAUGAUAUAGUCAAAAAGCCUAUCGAAUACGUGGAUUUAUCUAAAUACAAUAUUUCGAAUGACGAAUUGAACAGAAUACAAAUUCCUUCUAAUAAUAUAAAUUUUGUGAUAUGUGACUUAAAUUCGUUGGAUACUAGUAAUUUCAAUUCGCAAUUGAAACGUACAUUGUCUGAUUUUUAUGGCUGGGUGGUUAUAAGACCAGCAAUCAAUAAUGGGGAAAACAUAAUCGGUGCUGUUAUAUUUGGAAAUGUUGGUAUUGCAAUUAAUGAAAAUAUAAAGUCUCGCAUAGUCUCCUUUACAAUACACGAAAGACAACAGAUUAUUAAAAUUGAGGAAUUUACAUGUAAAAGUAUCAGCAGAGUAAUUUAUUUUGAACAAUCCAAAGAAACCAUUGGGAAUAAAUAUUUUUCUAUGAGAAAAUAUCAUCCGUUAACAAUUGAUAAUUGGAAUCAAAUCAAUAGUUGUAUAUCAUUUUAUACACGUGAUGGUAUUACAUAUCACACUCUUGACUUUAACUCUCCAAAAAAAUACCAUAAUAUCUUUGAUGUUAAGAUUAAAGGUAAUGAAACUACUUACCUUCCUAAUUGCUUAAAGAAUAUACAUAUAAGUAAUGUUAUAUUUGGUAAUGUUAAAGUUUUAUAUGAAGCAGAUAAUAUAUACCGUUCAGUUAGAGUGAUUUACAAUGGAGUCAUUUAUUUUAUUGAAAUAUUUACCAUAGAUUCACUUGGCCGCAAGAAUCAUCUUUUAUAUAAAAGGAAGGAUUCUAUCAAAUUUGACAAUGUUUUUACUAAAGUAAAAUAUUCCAGGGAUGGCUCAAUAAUUUACCAUGAGUUAGAAACACUUAAAGAAGCAUACCUUGCACCUGUGAAUUUGAAUAUUCCCAAUAUGAUAUAUAAAGGUGAAAUGUGGGAUGCCGGGAAGGUAAUUAAUGUGUGUAUUUGCAAACAAAAUUAUAUUAAUGAUACAAUUUUAGCUGAAAAUCUGAUGUUUUGUGGAAAAUGCUGUGGCUGCAAAGUUGACAUAGAUAGUGUGAGUCACUCUGAUGAAGAUAUGAAUAAAUCAUCAUUUAUUCAGUUUAGUUACAAAAUUUACAAACAAUUUGGAUCUAUAUAUAUAUCCCUCAAUCCAAAAUUAAUAUAUACCCAUCGAUUAGGAAAAAUAAAAAUAGGCAAUGUAGUAUUCCCUUUAGGGUCAUUAGGGUUUGUCGUUUCAAUUAAAAUUUCAAAAUAUAACGAUAAUAAAGUUAUAAUUAAGUUUAUACUUUUAGAUGGAGGAAGGUACAAUUAUAUAGACUAUAUGAUACAGCCAGACGGUGAAUCAUUAGGACUCGUCACUAAAUACAAUGUGUGUGAUAUAAAGCCAAAAUGGUUGUCAGUAUGGGAUCCAAGUAAAUCCAAAAUACUUAUAGACUUAUACUUGGAUAAAAGUACAUAUGGAUUUAUUAAAUCUGAAUAUGGAUAUGAAAAGGAUGAGAUAUAUUAUUAUGAACAUGAUUUCAUUCUUAUUUCAAAUGUCUAUUGGAAGCAUAAAUUGCUAUCUGAUCCCACUGUUAAAGAUAGAAAAUUGAUUAAAAGAAAUGUCAGAGUAGUAUAUAUCUCAAAUGCACGGCUUGUUACAAUCUAUUCGUUAUAUUUGACGCGUACUCCUCAAAAAUAUUCUAAAAGGAUUAUAUUUGACACCUCUACAAAAUAUAAAUAUUGGAAUAUCGAUCAACAACAUUUUUUGCAAAAUUCAAACUAUACAUUUGAAAGAAUUAGCGAUGAAUAUGCUAGUUGUAAACUGAGAGAGAAUGAGAUCUUAAGAGGAGUUUUAUAUGCUGAUAUUGAUGAAAAUAGUGGAGGGUUUGAAGAUAUUUUUGAAAUAAUUGAAAAUCCAGGUUCUGUUUAUUAUAAAAUAAAAUCGGAAAUUUCACCAGAUGUUAAGAUUGGAAACGUAAAGAUAGGGAAAAUGAUCAUUAAACAAUCCGGCAUCCAUGAUAUCAUAGGGAUUUGGAUUCAAAAUAAAAUGACAUCUCCCUAUAAAUAUAAAACUAAAUGUUCUAAUAGGAAAAUUUCGAUUUUUAUUAAUGAUAGUUUUAAAGUAAUGGUUAUUGAAUAUGCGGAAAUUAGAAAGGACAAUGGAGAUGUAGAAUAUAUUAACCUUGGUCCAUUUCCACACAUAAAUGAUAAUAUUACGGACGUUAUAUCAUAUGCUUUGGGGAAAUAUUUGAGGCAGAUUAAGAGUUUACCUAUUGAAAAUAAGAGAGAAUUAGUUGCUAGUGAAAUGGAGUAUGAGUGUCUACUGUUGGUUAAAUUGGAAAUAACAAAAAAAUAUAAGAAUUUAACAGGGCAGUUGGAAAAUACGACUUUAUAUAAACUAAUCAGCGAAUUUAGUGAAUUGAUAUCUAAGGAAUUCAUUCACGAAAUAACUAAUUUAGACGAAAAUGAAUUUAAGAACGCUGAAACAAUGAGGUACAUUUACAAUGCAGAAGUUAACAUUAGAAAUAAGAAAGUGUUAUCUCUAACGAAUAUAUAG